CCGCUAGCAAGCAAACUAUGACCACAGAGAGUUAACUGAAACUGCCAUAGCUUCCCCGUCACUAGGGCAACCAGAUCAAUCAUGGCCGUCAGAAUAUAAACACCAGUGUUGUUUUGGUCGACGAUGUAAUCAUUGAUUUCUUGACGUUCUUAUUUUGGCGCUAACAGCCUGAUACAGCUGUUGGGCAUUAUCGACAAAUAAUAAUGAGAGCAUUUCUACUGGAGGUCAAAAACAGCUUGAGACAUUUUGGAUAAAAAUAUUAUUAAGAACAACUUCAGGAUCAGGACACACAUUUAAGGUCUCUGGAUCACUUUCAAGUCUGUGUGUCACGUUGACAAGUCUCUGGCCCAUUGGUCAACUGGGAUAUCUGAAUCUGAACCUCUUACGAGAGACGCUAGCUGGCGGGCCACUGGGAGCGUUUGGAGCUUGGCUCUUCCUGUGUCAUGUGCCAUGCUUUCUCCCGACAAAUCAUAAUCCAAGGAUUAUCCAUGAGAUGGACGCCAUCUUGGUUCUUUUAUGACACAUUUUUGUUAGAUUUCUACCCAUAAUUUCUCUCCCUUUGCGUUGUUUUUUCCCGCCACUGAGAGCACCGUGGCGCGUCAAUCAAAGGCUAUCACCACCUGAUCUGGCCAGUGGGGGUGAGAAACCAAAAAAGGAACGGCAGCGAAAGUAAUCCGACUUGGAAACCAAAGGCCUAGGAAAUAACAGAGCCUACGGUGUAUACAUACUUAUAUAUUCAGUAUUAUACUGUACAUAUGACUUAGAUCAAAACGGAAAGGAAAAGGUGCCGUAAUUUUUCAGUAAAAAAAGAGAUUAAUAUCGGUAAUUGAGAGAGUUAUAUUGGUCAGUUGGAUUCUUGAAGGGAGUUUGCGCCUUCCUGGUGAUACACGGAAUCUAAUUUGAAGACUUCAUCUCUUUCAUCGGACAAAGUUUUCAUACUGAGACUGUCCUCAAACACAACUCAUCCAAAAUGGCGCACCAACCUAUGCCUUCAGGUGUUAUGUUCAGUUAUCAGAAUUAUCAGAAGAGUGAAUACCACGACAAUUGCGUCCCCAAGAAGAGUAUACCGGAGGCGAGCCGCAACUACUCGCAGGGGGACUACGCCAAGUGUGACCAGGUGGGGCAGGACACCAUUUGGAAGCAAGCGGUUGAAGGCGAGAAAAGAGGACUCAAAAAUUGGGAGGAGAACUGGGGUUUCCUGACCGAAUUCGACGACAAGGGUAGGCCGAAGGAGGUGAAGACAGUCCAGGAGGAAGAAAUCUCACAAUUCACCGACGAACUCCCUAACACAAACGCCGGUAACUAUGGUUACCGAACAAAAAAGGACAUUGGUCAGCGGAUACAAAAUCUAGAAUAUAAAUUUUACUCGGACAAGCGACGACGAAAAAUGGGCGACGAUCUGAUUUGCUACUGAGCAUGCGCAAAGGAAUACUCUUCGUUGUUCAGCUGUUGUUGUUUUAUGUAUAAACCCUAUAAACCGCUAAGGCUUUGAUGCAUAUUGGGGACAGGUCUAUUGUUAUAUUGCAACAUCCGGGGAACUAACAUCCUGAGGAAAAAAACAAUCGCCUCUCCGACCAUUGUAUGGUAUGAAAAAAAAUUCUGCGCACUAACUGUCCUUUUAAUUCUUAUUUCUUGUAUAAUAAACUGGUGAAAAUGAUAUCAAAAUUACGUAAGUAUAGUUUUGGAAACAGAAAAUAGAUAAACUUGUAUAUACAUGGUUG